UAGCACAACUCGACAGAACACCUACCCGGUUAUGGCAGCUGUAUGGAGAAGGAAGCAGAGGGCCUUGGUUUAGGGUAAACAGGCAGCGGCGGAUCCGAUUAAAAUCGCUGCAGAUAUUGAAGGUGUUGGUGGGCUGAGCGGACUUCACUCUGCCCGCUGUAAACGGCUCUUUCUCACUGUAUAUAAUGGCCACCACCGCUCAGCUAUUCGAGGAACCGUUUGAUGCAGACGAGUACAUUGAGCGGCUGGCGUGGAGAACUCCAGGAGGGGGAUCUAAAGGAGGAGCAGAGGGGUUUGACCCAAAAAAGUUGCUGGAGGAGUUUGAAAACCACAUAGAAGAGCUAAAACAGCUGGAUGAAAGGAUCCAGAGGAAAGUGGAGAAGCUUGAACAGCAAUGCCACCGGGAGGCCAAGGAGUUUGCACACAAGGUCCAGGAGCUACAGAGAAGCAAUCAGGUGGCUUUCCAGCACUUCCAGGAGCUGGAUGACCACAUAAGCUAUGUGGCUACAAAGGUAUGUCACCUUGGAGACCAGCUGGAGGGCGUGAACACUCCGAGACAGAGAGCUGUGGAGGCCCAGAGGCUCAUGACUUACUUUAACGAGUUCCUGGAUGGAGAAUUGCGCAGUGAUGUCUUUAACAACCCUGAGAAGAUAAAAGAAGCUGCUGACAUCAUUCAGAAGUUGCACCUGAUUGCUCAGGAGCUGCCUUUUGACAGAUUUGCUGAUGUCAAAGCCAAGAUAGCAAGUAAAUACCAUGACCUGGAAAGACAGUUGAUCCAGGAAUUCACAGCAGCUCAGCGCAGGGGAGAGAUUGGACGCAUGAGGGAAGUGGCUGCAGUUCUGUUGCAUUUUAAGGGAUAUGCCCAUUGUAUAGAUGUUUACAUCAAGCAGUGCCAAGAAGGAGCAUACAUGCAGAAAGAUGUGUUUGAGGACACAGCCCUUCUCUGCCAGCAAGUCAAUAAACAGGUGGGAGAGGUCUUCAGCAGUCCAGAAACAGUGAUGGCGAAGCUUAUCCAGAACAUCUUUGAAAACAAACUACAGGCUCAUGUGAAGGAAAAACUUGAUACUCGUCCCACUGAGUUGGAGCAAUACCUCACAAACCUGUAUGACCUCUACACCAGGACAACGGCUUUGGCUGCUAAGCUAACAGAGUUUAACCUGGGAUCGGACAAACACACUUUCCUGUCCAAGCUGAUCAAAAGCAUCUUCUCCACUUACCUGGACAGCUACAUAGACAUGGAGCAGCAGUAUCUACAGACCCGCAGUGCCUCAAUUCUGCAGAGAUACUACGACUCAAAGAACCACCAAAAACGGCCUCUAGGAACUGGGAGUAUCCAGGAGCUGAAGGAGAGAAUCAGACAGCGCACAAAUCUGCCUUUGGGCCCCAGUAUCGACACACAUGGAGAAACCUUCCUCUCACAAGAGGUUGUGGUCAACCUGUUGCAGGAGACCCGUCAUGCCUUCCAGAGAUGCAACAAGUUGUCUGACCCAGCGGAUCUCCCCAAGAACGCAUACUCCAUUUUCCUGCUGCUGGUAGAGCACCUUUGUGUGGAUCAUAUAGACUAUGCCUUAGAGAUUGGCCUUUCAGCUAUUCCUUCUGCAGAUGCCAAAAAUGCCAACCUCUACUUCUUGGAUGUGGUUCAGCAGGCCAACACUAUCUUUCACCUCUUUGAUAAGCAGUUCAAUGAUCACCUCAUGCCACUUAUUAGUUCAUCUCCUAAGCUGACAGAGUGCCUGCAGAAAAAGAAGGAAGUGAUUGAGCAGAUGGAAGUGAAGCUGGACACUGGAAUUGACCGGACAAUAAACUGCAUGAUUGGCCAGAUGAAGCAGAUUCUGACCACUGAACAGAAGAAAACUGACUUCAGGCCAGAAGAUGAGAACAAUGUCAUGAUACAGUACACUACAGCCAGCUCUAAGGUGUGUGCGUAUGUGAGUAAGCAGGUGGAGCGUGUGCGGAGGUCUAUGGAUGGGAAGAAUGUGGACACAGUCCUGACUGAGCUAGGCGUGCGCUUCCACAGGCUCGUCCAUGAGCACCUGCAGCAGUUCAGCUACAACUACAUGGGGGGCAUGCUGGCCAUCUGCGACGUGGCCGAGUACCGCCGCUGCGCCAAAGACUUUCGGGUUCCUCUGGUCCUCCAUCUCUUAGAUACACUCCACGCUCUGUGUAACCUCCUAGUUGUAGCUCCUGAUAACCUGAAGCAGGUGUGCUCUGGAGAGCAGCUGACCAACCUGGACAGGAACCUCCUCCACGCCUUUGUGCAGCUGAGAGCGGACUAUCGCUCAGCCAGACUGGGCCGUCAUUUUAGCUAAUGAUGGGGCAAAACUGCCUGUGUGCUGCACAGUCGUCCAAUCAAUCAGAACAGCCUUUUUGGUAGACAACAUCUCUACUGCGAAACUGAGUGGCUCUUGGGAUUUUAUUUUUAUUCCUAAAAUGAAAAACCUCUCCAUGGAUAUGCGACUGUGUGGCCCCACCUUUACUGAACACUGAAUAUUUUUGAAUAUGCCCCACUCCAGUUUUAUUUCUGUAUUUGCUUUUGGCCUUUCCACGCUCAUCUUUUAACUACUGCCUAUAUGAAUGUGUGGCAUUUCAUUUGAAAUGUUUUCUUCACAUCACAGCGUCCUUGCAUUACAAUUUUAAGGCCUAUUUUAAUACAGGUGAUAAUGAGCUGUAAAAAGAAAGCAAUGUAAAGAGGGCUGUUUGUUAAUUUUUCUCUUGAUUUUGAUGUGGAGUGUGGGAAAUGUUUGAUAAGUACAUGAUUACAAUGGACCAGAUUUGAAAUUCUGCAGAAAUCUAAGGGAAAGGAGAAGAGACUCACUUUUUUGCUUUUGUGUUUAUUUUACCAAAUAUAUAUGUAUAAAUGUGGCUCUGCUGGCACUAGAGACACUUCGGCAAGCUGCUGUAAAGAAACAUGAGCUAACUCACUAAUGAGCAACAGCUAAUACCAUAUUUUUCCCUUUCUCACAGAGGAAUUAAUAGAAUUCUGAUAUGAAUUCUGUGCUUGGUGCACAAAAUACACAUACAAUAUGCAUUAAAUUAAAUUCAAUGUAAUCAAAACCAAGCAACAAGAAUCUAACUGCAACACACUACACUGAACAUGUCACUGAUAAUUAAGGAAAUAAAUGGACUGAAUUGUUAAACAAAA